UAGUGUUGGACAACACUCGUGCUUAACAGUGUCAUCGCACUAUCGAUAACAAGCAGCAGCUUUCAACUAACUGAAAAGACAGUCGCAAGUCAAACACAUUGCGUUUUCUAUUGUUAUUUGUGCAAACGUUUAAUAUUUCGACAGUCAAACAUGCCCAAGGAGAAAUCCCGACAUCGUAGUCGCAGUCGAAGUCGCAGCCGUCACAAGAAAAGCUCCAAAUCCCACAGCUCUAAGCACAAACACACAAGCAGAAGCGACAGGCAACGGGACAGGUCCACAAGUCGUUGGGAACGUGGUCGGGAAAGGGAACGGGAUCGAGAACGAGAACGGGACUCAGACAGAAAUCAUCACAAGCGGAGAGAGAAGCGCAGUAGGAGUCGACAAAGGAGCUCAAAAAGGGAUAAGGAGCAGUCGUCUCGACACAAAGAGCAGCGAGCACGUUCGUCCUCUGCCUCGAGCUCAACCACGUCCUCGUCAUCAUCAGGAUCGAAACGCCAAGAUCAGGCAGGCGGAAGGUCUGGAGGCAAACGCGGUACAGAAAUGAAUUCGAUAAAAUUGCUGCAAACGCUGGAGGAGCGUCGUUUGCGCGAGCAGCAGGAACGCCAGCGACAAAAAGAGGAGAUCAAGUCGAAGGAGACGCCCGAGGAGAAGCGUGCACGUCGCCUUCGCGAAAAGCAGGCCAAGGAGCAGCGCCGCCGACAGCGCAUGGGCUGGGACAAUGAAUACCAAACGUAUUCCAACGAGGACAAUCCGUUUGGCGACUCCAAUCUGACCUCCACCUUCCACUGGGGCAAGAAACUCGAGGUCGAGGGCCUGUCCAAUCUGUCCAGCAAGACGGUUGAAGUGCUGUCGCUGCAAAAGCAGCUAGAGAACCGUCGUGAGUUGGAAAAGGUGAAAAAACUACGCCAGGAACGCGAACUGGAGCGUCAGGCGCGCGACGACGACGCCAUGCAGCAGCAGCGCGCCAAGGAAGCGGUUCAAUUCCGUGAAUGGCAGCGCCAGGAGGACCAGUUUCAUCUGGAACAGGCACGUCUACGCAGCGAGAUUCGCAUACGCGACGGCCGUGCGAAGCCAAUCGAUCUGCUGGCUCAAUAUGUGGCCGCCACCAAUACGGAGACGGAUCUGGAGGACGCACUGGAGAUGCAAAUGCACGAGCCGUAUAUGCUGUUGCAUGGCCUGACCAUAGACGAGCUGGAGGAUCUGCUGGUCGACAUCAAGGUGUACGAGGAGCUGGAGCAGGGCAAGCACAUUGACUUCUGGAACGACAUGAUCACCAUUGUCCAGGAUGAGCUGAAGAAACAGCUAAAGAUUCAACAGAGCGAAUCGAACUCACUCAACCAGCGUCGCGAUGGCAUACACCAGAGCGUCGUUAAGGAUGUGGCGGACAUAUUUCGGGGCAAGAAUGCCAAGCAGCUAGAGGAGAUGCGCCAGCGCAUCGAAGCCAAGAUAAGCGGACGCGCCGACGGCGUUGACAUCAGCUACUGGGAGAGCCUGCUGUCGCAGCUGAAGGCACAUAUGGCGCGUGCCCGCCUACGGGAUUGCCACCAGGCGCUGCUGCGCGAGAAGCUGCAGCUGCUGAAGCGCGAGCCCGAUCCACCCAAUGUGGUUGAGAUAAAUUCGCCCACAUCGUCAUCGCUCAAACAAGAAUCGGAUGAGGAGAUGGACACAAAUGCUGAGCCGGAGCAGCAGCCGCAGCAAGAGCAGGAGGCGCCAGAGGAGGAAGAGCCGAAUGCUGACAGUCCGUUGAGGGAGCUGGAGCACUCAUGUCAUUUGUACAAACUGGGCAACUAUAGUCCCACUUAUAUACGUGAGGAGGACUUCACCGGGCGCCGCCUGACCCCUGCCGAUGAGGAUAACAUCGAUGGCGGCCUCUACGCUGACAGCGAUGAUGAGCAACGUGUGCAGCGGCAGCGGCUACUGUUCGUGCAUCCGGAGCGCGUGGAUGUGGCACAGCUGACGCCGCAGGAGAUGCGUAUGCGCGGCGAGGCGCGCAAGGGCAUGCAGGGCGAUGAGGCGGAGUUCAGUGUAGAGACCACACUGGACGCAGUGCCUCAGCUGGCCACCGAUAAGUAUCGGCCACGCAAGCCGCGCUACUUCAAUCGCGUGCACACGGGCUUCGAGUGGAACAAAUACAAUCAGACGCACUACGACAUGGACAAUCCGCCGCCCAAAAUUGUGCAGGGCUACAAGUUUAACAUAUUCUAUCCGGAUCUCAUGGACAAAUCGCAAACGCCGCAAUACUUCCUCACGCCAUGCGCGGAUAAUGCGGACUUUGCGGUGCUGCGAUUCCAUACGGGGCCACCCUACGAGGACAUCGCCUUCAAGAUCGUCAACCGAGAGUGGGAGUUCAGCUACAAACGCGGAUUCCGUUGCCAGUUUCAUAACAACAUCUUCCAGCUGUGGUUCCACUUCAAGCGCUAUCGCUACAGGCGCUAAAGAGACACGCCUUAUUUAUUGGGCUGCCACUUGCUGUCUUUCCUUUUUUUUUAAUAUAAAAU